GCGAUUGAUGCCAGUAUGUCGUACAUGUACGGCAGCACCGCGUACGACUUAUAUUCUUCAGAAAUCUUGAUGCCCAUCAACAGUAUAGCUUCUGCGCGAUCUAAGUCGCCUUUCUCCAAUGCGAUCCGGGCCAUAGUCAUUAAAUGUGCUAUGUUCUCCUCUACAUCGUACGUGGAUAUUUCGGUGUAGAUCUUCGCCACCGACGUGGGAAUCCCGUACAAGAGGGGUUUGUGUAUCAGCAUCUUCCUAAACGUUGUCCAUCUGUGAUAUCGUCUAUUAUUAUAAAACAUUUCAAGCGAACUGGUGAGAAUCUAAUUUCCAGGAUGACUGAAAGGCAACCGAACGGCAACAAUUCAAUUUCGGUCUCCGUCAUCCCGUCGGUUAUCCCAUCGAUCAAUGAUCCUCCGGUGAAUAAUAAAGUGACAAACACGGAUAAACCGAAAGAAUGCAAAAAAGGAAAGAAGAUUCAGAUAGGUGACAACAUGACCACGGUCGACAGGGUAGUGCUUUUCGCCGGUGAGGUCGGCGGUACCGCCAUCCUGGUGUUCCUGGGCUGCAUGGGAUGCGUCGCCGGCAUCACCAGCGGCAACAGCAUUCCUCACGAACAAAUCUCAUGGACUUUCGGUCUCGCUGUUAUGGUAGCUGUACAAAUAUUUGGCCACAUAUCAGGAUCUCACAUUAACCCAGUCGUAACAGUGGCCGCAGCUACCCUUGGAAACAUUCCACUUAUCCAAAUACCAAUUUACUUCGCUGGACAAAUGUUCGGAGCUCUCCUUGGAUUUGGAUUGCUUAAGUCUGUAACUCCCGGUCAACUGAUAAACGCAUCAACAAACACCACGAAAGUAAUCGGUGUGUGUUCGCCGGCUGUAAACCCUAGUAUUACGCCGUACCAAGGACUCCUCGUUGAAUUUUUACUGACCUUCAUCUUGGUCCUGGUUUGUUGUGGCGUGUGGGACUCCAGGAACUCCAACCACCAUGACUCCGUUCCAAUCAGGUUCGGUUUCGCCAUUGCCGUCCUCGCCAUGGCUGGCGGUCCCUACACCGGAGCCAACAUGAACCCCGUCAGAAGCUUCGCCCCAGCCUUGUUUAACGGAGAUUGGGACAACCACUGGCUCUAUUGGGUGGGACCAUUGGCUGCCGGAUUUUUGGGAGCGCUCCUCUACAGAUUUAUCUACGCCAAAGAUGAAGAACCGCAACAAAACGUAGCUCCGGAAGGAAUUCCACUUAACGACAAAGCGUAGAAAGAUUUGUAGAUUAUCGUUUAACUCGAAGAACUAACGUUGUUUCCCUAAUCAUUGAUGCUGGAUAAGGACUCAUCCGGAUUAAGUAAAUGAUUGCGUGUGGAAACAACAAUUCACCAAUUGCCUUUAUUGUUAUGUAAGAAGACAUAUCGUUGAAAUAAUAUAUUUUAAUAGUUUUAUUUUUUGUGAAUAAAAAAUUGUUUUAUA